CAUUCUUGCAGACGACAACCCUACACGGCUUCAAAUACUUAGGUUCGAAGUUUUAUAUUGAUCGGAUUGGAUGGUUUCUGUGUUGCUGUGCAAGUGCCUCUUGUGCCGGACUCCUGUGCACGGUUUUGUGGGCUCGAUUUCUAGAAGUUCCCGCUCUGUUGGCGCUUUACGAUUUGAAAUUGGAAAUGUCAGAGCAUCAGUUACCCGUUGUAGCUGUGUGUCCUACCGUCGAGAGCAUUGCUGAAGCAUUCAUUGAUAAAUUGUCACAUGAUAAGAAUCUAAACAAACGGCUACCUCUAACUUUAGCCCACGUUCUCAAAGGUAAACCAGCAGCCGACGACCAAAUACAGAUACUUGACCACUUGCUGACUGUGAACAAUGUCACCUUACUAGACAUCAUGAGGGCGCACAUGCCCCCGUGCCACGCGGUCAUAAAGAAGUGUCGCUGGCAGCAUAUCUAUAAGUCGUGCGAUAUCCUGUUUGACAUUGAAGUUACACCUUGGGGUAUGUGCUGCGUUUUGAGACCCGAUGAAAAACUGGCAAAUCACGGCACGAGGCUACAAUUAAGAAAUGGAUUCCAAAGUACACUAAGGUUGGACUUGGCCGUGCAAUGUUUUAAUGACACCAACCUUUAUAAUUUUGAGUUCUUUACAAAAUACGACGGGGAAGAGUGGAUUGAACCAAUGCAAUUAGCUCCCGGAAACACUUAUAUGGCCCAGCUGAGAUACACGUCCAUCCCGGAGAGUACUGACACCGAGACACUGAUUGAAGAAUCAUGUGUCUCCCGAAAAGGAUACUCAAGAAGUGAUUGUUUAAAGCGCUGCUCCGAGAAGAUAUGUGGUUGCGUUGACCCGCUGAGAGGAAACCGGCAACCGGCUGACGGGGACUUACUGCCGUGCUCUCUCACGGAACUCAAAUGUUUGAGGUCCUAUGGAGUUAAGGGACAUGAAACGUGCAACUGCGCUCCCAGCUGUAAGAAAGUCACCGCGUACACAACGCUAGAGUCGUCUCCUUUGAACUUUAACAGCUACGUCAUUGAUCCUAUUUACAGUGGACUAAACGCAACGUCGUCCGUAGUGAUGCACGUGCGCGUCAACAUCAAUUUGUCUCGUAUAUUCACUUUGAACCCAACAGAAACUUGGUUUACCUUGCUAUCGUCACUCGGAGGAGUCUUCAAUAUGUUCUUAGGAGUCGGAUUAUUUAGUGCACUGGAAUUACUAUACUUGCUCUUCAUCAAGCUGCCGAACGCAAUGAGAAGAUCAUCAGAAUUUCAUUAUGGAAAUUAAAAUGUAA